CCCCGGGGAAGAGCGCAGCUGGCCGGAGACCCCCGGGAUCUGUCAGAGCGCCGGGGGCAGGGCGGGGGUCCCCACAGCCUGGGCGAGGGGCCACAGGGAGGCUAAACUCUCUAAGGAGGAGGAAGAGGAGGAGGGGGAAGAGAUUGCCCCAACUGGUCCUUCUUCUCUCCCUCUUCCCCCGCCUUCCCACCUCUCCCCCCCAGCCAGGACUGGCCUGGAGACCCCCUGAGGGCUUUGGAUCUUUUCCCGGGGACCCUGGUGGAUUUGACCCCCGGACCCCCGACUCCCUUGGAGAGAGGCUGCGGAGGGGCGACCCCCCCCCAAAAAAAAAAGAAUUGAACCUCGGACUUGGGCAGAGCCAGAAGAAGAGGAGGCGCUCCUUGGCCUCCUCCACUUUGGCCCCGACCCCCGUCUUCCACCCGUGCCGGGCCCGGGGAGAAGUGGGGGGCUGUCAAGGAGCCGGGAAGGGGAGAGGGAUUGACUGUCCUUCCUCUUGGCCGAAGAAAUGGAGCCGAAAUGAAGCGAAGGAGACACACGAGGAUAGGCUGACUCUGCUGGGAUUUACAAUCGAGGAGGGAAAGGAGGAGGGGGCGAAGCCAAUCAUGGAGAAAUAAUCGAAGCUCGGUGUUGGACAGGAGACUCAGAGGAGGUCUGAAGCAGCAGAGGUCGGUACAUGUGGUGGAUUGAGUUCUGAAAAUGGAACUCUCGUUUGCCCUCUUCUUUCUAGGGAUCGUUGCAUUUUCUGACUCAGCCAGAGGCCCCCCAAGAAUCUCAGAUAAGGUGAUCCACCGGCAGUCGGUGAGGCUGGGGAGAACCAUUAAGCUGCUGUGCCCCGUGGAGGGGGACCCCCCACCCCUGACCAUGUGGAUGAAGGACGGCAGGACGAUCCACAGCGGUUGGACCAGGUUCCGUGUCCUGCAGCAGGGCCUGAAGAUCAAGGAGGUGGAGAGCGAGGACGCGGGUACUUACAUCUGCAAAGCCACCAAUGGCUUCGGCAGCGCCAACGUGAACUACACCCUGAUCGUGAUCGAUGACGCCAGCUCGGUAAAGGAGAGCCAAGCGCCAGAUGAUGAAGACCAAGCGGGCAAGCAGUGGGCCCGGCCCCGGUUCACGCAGCCUGCCAAAAUGCGUCGACGAGUCAUCGCGCGGCCGGUGGGGAGCUCGAUCCGCCUAAAGUGCGUGGCCAGCGGGAACCCUCGCCCCGACAUCACCUGGCUGAAGGACAGCCGGCCCCUGUCGCCGCCAGAGACCGGGGAGAACAGGAAGAAGAAGUGGACCCUGAACCUGAAGAACCUGAAGCCCGAGGACAGCGGGAAAUACACCUGCCGCGUCUCCAACAGGGUCGGGGAGAUCAACGCCACAUACAAAGUUGAAGUGAUCCGUCCUAGCCUGUUGGGGUACAGUAUACGCCUUGGAGAUGGCAUGCUUCGAAAUCGGUCGUCAUCAUCAAACGCAGCCGCGUCGUUUCCGAUCCCGUACUCUUAUGCAGAUCUCCAUAAUAAUAACGAGCGGACGCGGUCCAAGCCCGUACUCACGGGAACCCACCCGGUGAACACGACGGUGGAUUACGGCGGGACCACCUCGUUCCAGUGCAAGGUGCGCAGCGACGUGAAGCCCGUCAUCCAGUGGCUGAAGAGGGUGGAGUACGGCUCGGAGGGCAAGUACAACUCCACCAUCGACGUGGGCGGCCAGAAGUUCGUCGUCCUGCCCACUGGCGAAGUCUGGUCCCGCCCCGACGGCUCCUACCUCAACAAGCUGAUGAUCGCUCGGGCCCGUGAGGAAGACGCCGGCAUGUACAUCUGCCUCGGAGCCAACACCAUGGGCUACAGCUUCCGCAGUGCCUUCCUCACCGUGCUUCCCGACCUGAAGCUGCCCAGCCCCCCGGCGGCCCCGACCUCCGCCAGCAGCCUCCCGUGGCCCGUGGUCAUCGGCAUCCCCGCGGGGGCCGUUUUCAUCCUGGGCACCGUCUUGCUGUGGCUCUGCCAGACGAAGAAGAAGCCCUGCUCCUCGCCGCCCCCGGGCCCCGCUCACCGCCCCGCCCCCAGAGAGCGGGCCUGCGGGCCCCCCGACAAAGACUGCAUCUCCUCCAUCAACUACGACGAAUACGUGGUGGCGGGACAGCAGCAGCAGCAGCAGCAGCAGCAGCUCUUGGGCCAGGCCCCGGGCCCCAAGAUAUACUCCAAGCUGUACACGGACAUCCACACCCACUCCCACACCCACUCCCACGUGGAGGGGAAAGUGCACCAACACCAGCACAUCCACUAUCAGUGUUAGGUCCGACCGGCACCCACCUUCGGGGGGGUCCCCCCCGGGCCCCUCGGCCUCGGGCCCGGGUCCGCCGCCGGUCUCCGGGAGCGAGCCAGAGGUGGAAGGUGAAUGACCCGCUGAGCAGGAAGGAGAGUCUAGAUGCAGAGAUCUAUUUUUUUCUACAAACGCAGGUAGGGAUCCAGAGAUGGGACGAUGAAGGAAUCCCCCAGCCCGGGACCUGUCGGAAGGCCGGGAAUCCUGAAGCAGCGGGAAGGGAUUUCCUCUCUCUCCGCUCCUUGCUAGCCAACGUCAGGAUGGCGAGAGCGGUCCCGGAUUUAGCGGCAGAGGCAGAAAAAACCAACAACCAGCAAAACCGGGGUUGGCAAGUCCGCGGCUCGUGAGGCGACAAGAGAUGUCAGAGCCGUCGGGGUCGGAGGGAAGACCUCGCCGUCCGAUUCCGACGGAUGAGGUUCUCCGUGCGUCACUGGCGGGUCUCGCCCCGGCUCUGGCGAGGGGUCUGACCCCGUGAUCUGGCGCCGGAUCGCUUGGCCUCUCCCCUUCCCCCAAACCCCUCAGAAAGGUGAGGACUUCCCUACCCGGAGACCUCGGCCUCCUCACCCCGAAGCUUCUGGAACAAGGGUGGUGCAUCGGGUGGGGGGAGGGGGACGCUUUGUCUCCCCCCUCGCCCCCUGCGGUCCCUUGGGCCUACAGGCUGGCUCGGCCCCGCUCUCUCCCCGGUUUGCUCCCGGACCCUCUCCCCGGCUCCAAAAGAGAGACUCUCCUUCCUCCACCACGCUCCUGUCGAUGCCCCUAAGAAGGAAACCCCAUCCAGGACCCUUUCUAUUUAUAUUUAAGAAAAAGAGAUAAUAAUAAAUAUUAAUAAUAGCCCCGAGGAACUUAGGAAGGUCCGAACCGCAGCGCCCGUCCUGAUGGCAAACCACUGUGACGUCAUUGGAGGCCGACAGAGAAAUGGGACAGACGUCCCCUCUCCCCUCCAUCCCGCUAAACAAGGGUCCACGCCGAAACCCCCCAAGUGACUCCAGGGGACGAAGCUACUCCCCAGUCCCACAGGCUGCCGGGUCUCCGGGGAGCUGAUUCUGGGAUUUUCCAGCCAACCUAGAAAGGAAUUCAGUCCCACCUAGAAAACCUCUGGAAUUCUAUAGAGAGUUUAAACGGAAGCCGUGUAUAUUUAAUUUAUUUUGUUAAGCGAGGAGAAAAAAAGAAAUGUACGCUAUUUUCUUCCAAACAUUUUACAAAGAUUUUCGAUAGGAAAGAAAAGUUGGGUUUUUAUUUUCCCCAGAUUCUUAUAGCUGCCGAUGCGCCAAAGUGUAAACGAUGUAGCAUAUUCAGAACUUUAUUUAAUCCACUUGAAAGUCCUAUAUUUGUACGCAUCUGUAAUGAUUCCAACAGCAUAAGCAGUGCAGUGCUGAGGUAAGGUGUUGGUGUUUUGGUCAUAACCCCCUAUUUUCAGGGGUUUGUAGAUUGACCUGUUGAUUCCUUUGCCCUUCUCCUCCUCUUAGAAAACCUUCAACCCUUAUGAGCCAAUGUGACCUGAGAAAUUCCCUGGUUGUUUUUUCCCCAAACUCAACACUUAGUCUCAGGCGAUGUAACGAUCCCUUGGUAUAGAAAAGAAAUGUCCCACUCUGUAAGGAGAGAGGGAGGGGGUAGAAGAGGUGUAGGAUGGAUAGCAAUCCAUCCAUUCCAACCCACCCACUCCCCCCCCCCACCCCCAGCCCCAGGAGUUCUGUACCUUGGGUUAUACGUUCUGUCCUUCAGCGUCAGGAAGAAGAGAGGAGGAACCGGGCUUCCGAGAUCCCGACGGGUCUUCGGGAUCAUUCCAGUUUGCUGGAGAAAUCCCAGGCCUCCCAGAAUCUGUGGUCCUUAACACUGAUAAUUGUGGUAUUUGUGAAGCACUCACCGUGUGCCAAGCACCGUGCUAAGCACUGGGGUCGACACGUGGUAGU